AUGGAUCUUGUUUCUCUAUGGAGUCAAGGCGUGGACACAAAAUGUGUUCUAUGCAAGAACUCUUCAGAAUCCAGGAACCACCUUUUCUUCGAGUGCUCCUUCUCAGCUCAAGUUUGGGCGCAUCUUGUCAAAGGUAUACUGCAGAACUUGUUCACUGCAGAAUGGUCUGAUAUUGAGAUUCUGCUCGUUGAUCGGAACCGGGAGAGAUACCAGCUGUUCUGCGUCCGUUAUGCCUUCCAAGCCGCUGUCUACGCGUUGUGGAGAGAACGUAAUAGGCGCAGGCAUGGAGAACCACCAUUACCCUCUCAAGCUCUGAUGAAGCUCGUCCAUAAAGGUAUCCGAAACAAACUCAGCUUGAUGAAGUUACAAGAUGGAAAGAGAUUUGAUGGCAUUUUGCAGUAUUGGUUUGCCACAAGAUUGUAA